GAAACGAAAAACCGAGGAGUUGAAGGAGAAGAGGGCGGAAAAAAGGUGGUGGGUGCCACCUCCGCAGCCUCACUGACUCACACCCACACAGCUCCAACACGGCAAUGCCCACCCAUUGAUGGACCGACCGACCCACUUCCUAAUUUUCGUUUCUUUUGCCUUUCUGAGUUUCUUCCUUCUUCUACUCUAAAACUCUCUGCAUUGCUGCUUUCUUACUAAUUUUGCGAGAUCCCCAUCUUGGUUUCUCUUCCACGAUUGAUGAGUGAGAGCCUGAGAGGGGAAUCUCAGUGAUUACACAGCGAGAGAUCGCCCCGUUGGGUUUCUUUCCCUUCCUCUGUUUUUUUUUUUAUUGUCUCAGGAAAAAAGAAACUAGAGAAGGGAGGAAAUGAAGUUCGUGCGCUCUAGGUGUUUGUUGUAAAGCAUCAUUGGGUUUCUUCUGGAAUUUUGAUUGGUUGGGGAUAUGAUCCCCGUUGCUUUCUGUUUGACUCGUCGAGCAUGGAGAGGGUGAUUUGAUUUGAAGAAACCUCAAGAGUUUUAAGAAAGGAAGGGGGUAUCUUCGUCCGGUGGGCAUAAUUCACUACCAUUUUUCUGGCGUGGAGUGGGCUUUUGGUGUUCUUCGGCCUAGGAACCCCAAAAAAGGGAAACGAAUUUCAAGGUCGGGUCUUUUUGGUUGUUUUCUCGUCUGGGUUAUUGCAGCCAGAUUGUGCAGAUUUCUGCGACGUGCCCUUUUCCCUUUCUCUUCUGCUUUGUCUCCUUGUGCUCGUUGGAGAAGAAGACACGAACGGGCAGAGAGAGAUACAGAGGGAGUGUGUCUGUGUGUUCGUCGAAACGGUCGUUUUUGUUUCCCUUUCUCCUCUACCACCGCCUCUUCCUGCAUCUCUCUCUAUCUCUCGCCCGCGCUCUGCAUCCGCCUUUUGGUGUUUGUUCUUCGUCUUGCGUGACAACCGUAUUUGUUUCUUUGCGCAAUGAUUCUAUCUCCUAAAUGAGCUAUAUCCCCUUCCCAUUCAAUGCCCCAGAUGGUGAAAAACUGAAAUGCCUUCUUAGCUCGAUUUGAUCUCUACUCUCUUUCCUCUCCCUGCUCAGUGAUAUUUCCUUCCUCGGAGGUAAACCCACCAUUCUACUCAUCAAUACCGCCGCAUUCUCACUCUCUCUUCCACCGUCGUCACCAUAACUCCCCACCACCAACUUGCGUUUUCUAUUUCUAUAAUGGGUUCCACCUAUUGGGUUGAUAGUCACAAUAGGCUAUCAUUCCAAACUGCAUUCAGGGCAAUCCACGGCCUUCCCGAGUUGGAACUCGCCUCAAUUUGCGUCAAUUUGACACUGUUUCUGGUGUUCCUGUUGAUCAUCUCCGCCAGGCAGCUUUUCGUCUGUGUUGGCAGGAUCAGGCUGCUGAAAGAUGAUGCCCCAUCGGUUGCUGGCUCCAGCCCAGUUCGACGGACUGGUGUUGGGGAUGGAGAGACCCGUGAUGUUGUUGUGGGAACUAUCUUCAAGUUCUCUUUGUUCUGUUGCUUCUACGUCUUGUUUCUGCAGUUUCUGGCGCUGGGAUACGAUGGUAUUGUUUUGGUUAGAGAGGCCGUUAGUGGAGAAGUUCAGGAGUGGACUGUGCUUUGCUUACCUGCUUCUCAAGGCUUAGCAUGGCUUGUCUUGAGCUUUUGGACUCUUCAUUGUAAGUUUACGGCAUGCGAGAAGUUCCCGCUCUUGCUCAGGUUGUGGUGGCUGUUCUCGUUCCUGAUGUGCUUGUUUACUUUGUAUGUUGAUGGGAGGAGCCUUCUGGCAGAAGGCUAUGGACAUUUGAGUGCUCCAGUUCUGGUGAAUUUCGCUGCAACCCCUGCUCUGGCUUUUCUGUGCUUUAUUGCUAUCAGAGGCGCUACUGGCAUACUAGUAAUGAGGAACUCUGACCUUCAAGAACCACUGCUUCUGGAAGAAGACUCUGCAUGUCUCAGAAUAACUCCCUACAGUGAUGCUGGGUUCUUUAGCGUGCUCACUCUUUCUUGGUUGAACCCACUUCUUUCCACCGGUGCAAAGAGACCUCUAGAACUGAAGGAUAUUCCUCUUCUUGCACCACAAGAUCGAGCCAAAGCCAAUUAUAAGCUUCUGAAUUCGAAUUGGGAGAAAAUGAAAGCUGAGAAUCCUUCUAAGCAACCUUCUUUAGCUUGGGCAAUUCUCAAGUCAUUCUGGAGAGAAGCAUUUCGGAAUGCUAUCUUUGCCAUGUUGAAUACUGUAGUUUCAUAUGUUGGCCCAUACUUGAUUAGUUACUUUGUGGAGUAUCUGGGGGGGAAGGAGACUUUCCGCCAUGAGGGGUACAUUCUAGCAGGAAUAUUUUUCUCGGCCAAGCUUGCUGAGACGUUUACAACCCGCCAAUGGUAUCUUGGGGUUGACAUAUUGGGUAUGCAUGUGAGAUCGGCUUUGACUGCCAUGGUGUAUCGUAAAGGACUCAAGCUAUCAAGCACAUCCAAGCAAAGCCAUACCAGUGGAGAAAUUGUGAACUACAUGGCAGUUGAUGUCCAGAGAGUAGGGGAUUACUCUUGGUAUCUCCAUGACAUAUGGAUGCUUCCCUUGCAGAUAAUUCUUGCUCUGGCCAUUUUGUAUAAGAAUGUUGGAAUUGCUGCAGUUGCGACUUUGCUCGCCACCAUCUUCUCUAUUGUGGUUACCAUCCCUCUGGCUAGGAUGCAAGAAAAUUAUCAAGACAAACUCAUGGCUGCAAAGGACGAAAGGAUGAGGAAGACCUCUGAGUGCCUGAGGAACAUGAGGAUCCUGAAGCUGCAGGCUUGGGAGGAUAGGUAUCGACGAGAACUGGAGGACAUGCGGAGUGUGGAAUUCAAGUGGCUACAGAAAGCCCUUUAUUCACAAUCAUUCAUAACAUUCUUCUUUUGGAGCUCUCCUAUAUUUGUUGCUGUUGUUACGUUUGGUACUUCCAUAAUGUUGGGUGGUCAGCUCACAGCUGGAGGCGUUCUUUCUUCACUAGCCACUUUCAGAAUUCUCCAAGAGCCACUCAGGAACUUCCCGGACUUGGUUUCUAUGAUGGCCCAAACAAAAGUAUCCCUUGAUCGACUUUCUACAUUCCUGCAGGAGGAAGAGUUACAGGAAGAUGCAACCAUUGUGCUACCACGAGGUACAGCUGCCUUUGCCAUCGAAAUUAAAGAUGGCGAGUUUUGCUGGACCCCUUCUGUUCCAAGGCCCACCUUAUCCGGGAUAGAGAUGAAAGUUCAAAUUGGAAUGCGUGUAGCUGUUUGUGGCAAAGUUGGCUCUGGCAAGUCAAGCUUCCUCUCAUGCAUUCUUGGCGAGAUCCCGAAAAUUUCUGGUGAAGUGCGAGUUUGUGGCACUGCUGCUUAUGUCCCUCAGUCUGCUUGGAUACAAUCGGGAAAUAUUGAAGAAAAUAUCCUAUUCGGCAGUCCAAUGGAUAAAGCGAAGUACAAAUCAGUUAUUCAUGCUUGUUCACUCAAAAAGGAUUUGGAGCUUUUCUCACAUGGUGAUCAAACCAUAAUCGGUGACCGAGGUAUAAAUUUGAGUGGUGGCCAGAAGCAAAGAGUUCAGCUUGCAAGGGCACUUUAUCAAGAUGCAGAUGUUUAUUUGCUGGAUGAUCCAUUCAGCGCUGUUGAUGCACACACUGGUUCGGAAUUGUUCAAGGAAUACAUAUUAACAGCAUUAGCAGCUAAAACUGUGAUUUAUGUCACUCAUCAAGUUGAGUUCUUGCCAGCUGCAGAUUUAAUACUGGUUCUCAAGGAAGGUCAAAUAACACAAGCAGGCAAGUAUGAAGAGCUUCUACGAGCAGGAACAGAUUUCAGAAGUUUGGUCUGUGCUCACCAGGAAGCAAUUGGAUCUAUGGAUAUUCCUACUCAUUCAUCAGAGGAUUCUGAUGAGGGUGUGGCUUUGGAUGGUCCCACAAUUCAUCAUAAAAUUUGUGAAGCAUCAGUAAGUAAUGUUGACAAUCUUGCAAAAGAAGUGCAAGAAACUGCAUCUUCUUCGGAUAAGAAAGCAAUCAAAGAGAAAAAGAAAGCAAAACGUUCUAGGAAAAAGCAGCUUGUCCAGGAGGAGGAAAGGGUUAGGGGAAGAGUAAGCAUGAAGGUUUAUUUGUCAUAUAUGGCUGCUGCAUAUAAGGGAAUGUUAGUCCCCCUCAUAAUUCUGUCACAGGCACUAUUUCAGUUUCUUCAAAUAGCUAGUAAUUGGUGGAUGGCUUGGGCGAAUCCCCAGAUGGAAGGAGGAAACCCCAAAGUGAGUCCCAUGGUCCUACUUGGUGUUUAUAUGGGCCUUGCUUUUGGUAGCUCAGUGUUUAUACUUGCAAGAGCUGUUCUGGUUGCUACAUUUGGUCUAGCUGCUGCACAGAAGUUGUUUCUGAUGAUGCUUAGAUGUGUGUUUCGAGCACCUAUGUCUUUCUUCGACUCUACUCCAGCAGGACGGAUCUUGAAUCGUGUAUCCAUUGACCAAAGUGUUGUGGAUCUGGAUAUACCUUUUAGGCUUGGUGGGUUUGCGUCUACAACAAUUCAGCUUAUUGGAAUUGUUGCUGUAAUGACACAAGUCACCUGGCAAAUUUUGCUUCUUGUCAUUCCAAUGGCUGUAGCUUGCUUAUGGAUGCAGAAAUACUAUAUGGCUUCAUCAAGGGAACUGGUUCGCAUUGUCAGCAUCCAGAAGUCUCCUAUCUUCCAUCUUUUUGGCGAGUCAAUUGCUGGAGCAGCCACAAUUAGAGGCUUUGGCCAAGAGAAGAGGUUCAUGAAAAGGAAUCUUUAUCUGCUUGACUGUUUCACUCGUCCUUUCUUUUGCAGUCUGGCUGCCAUUGAGUGGCUCUGCCUGCGCAUGGAACUACUUUCCACCUUCGUGUUUGCUUUUUGCAUGCUUUUACUCGUCAGCUUUCCCCAAGGAAGUAUCGAUCCAAGUACGUAAGGUAUGGCAGGCCUUGCUGUGACAUAUGGCCUUAAUCUUAAUGCUCGUUUAUCACGAUGGGUACUUAGCUUUUGCAAGGUUGAAAACAAAAUCAUUUCCAUAGAGAGAAUAUAUCAGUACAGCCAAAUUCAAAGUGAGGCACCAGCAGUUAUUGAGCAGUCUCGCCCACCAUCCACAUGGCCAGAGACUGGAGCAAUUGACAUGAUUGACUUGAAGGUCCGUUAUGGUGAGAAUCUUCCUAUGGUGCUUCAUGGGGUAUCCUGCAGCUUUCCUGGUGGGAAGAAGAUUGGGAUUGUUGGGAGAACAGGGAGUGGGAAGUCUACAUUGAUCCAGGCCUUGUUCCGGUUAAUUGAACCAGCUGGCGGGAGAAUUAUUAUAGACAACAUUGAUAUUGCAAAAAUUGGCCUUCAUGAUCUCCGCAGCUGUCUCAGUAUCAUUCCUCAGGAUCCAACCUUGUUUGAAGGAACCAUUAGGGGAAAUCUCGACCCUCUCCAAGAGCAUACUGAUCAGGAAAUAUGGCAGGCUCUUGAUAAGUCUCAACUCGGCGAUGUAAUCCGUGAGAAAGAUGAAAAGCUUGAUGCGCCAGUGCUAGAAAGUGGAGAUAACUGGAGCGUGGGACAGAGGCAACUUGUUGCACUAGGGCGUGCUUUGCUCAAACAGGCUAGAAUACUGGUACUGGACGAAGCAACAGCAUCAGUUGAUACAGCCACGGACAAUCUCAUCCAAAAGAUCAUCCGGACAGAGUUCAAGAACUGCACUGUCUGCACCAUUGCACACCGUAUCCCAACAGUGAUUGACAGUGAUCUUGUUUUGGUACUAAGCGACGGCCGUGUGGCUGAAUUUGAUGCUCCGAUGCGGCUGUUAGAGGAUAAAUCCUCCAUGUUCCUGAAGCUGGUAACAGAAUACUCGUCAAGGUCAAGUGGCAUACCUGACUUCUGAACUCAAUGAGACAAUAUGCCAAAGCGGAGCAAGCAAGUGUCCGUUGUUCCAAGCUGAAGUUUCCCGGCCACAUCUGAUGAGAUAGGGGUGGAGUGGAUAUGCCGCAGCAAAUUUCUGAUGGAGAAAAACAGAACAAAGGUUAGUCUGAGAAAGGGUGAAGUGAACCGAGGAACCCUUUGCCCCGCAGCUGAAGCACCAGUUGGGGAAAAUCUCCCAGAAUUCAGGCAGAGUAGUCUGUGUAUAAGAGGGAAUAAGAGCUUUAGUUGGGGGGUUGGGGUUCCACUUUUGUCGAAAGAACAAUGUGUAGUAAUAAGAAAUUAAUUUGUAGUGGUAAGUUCAGUGCAGUGGUUACUUAGGAAAUCUGGAAAAGUGUAGUGAAGUGGCGAAGUCGGAACAGCAGUAUAGUUCCCCUUUACUAGCUUUUGUCAGUGUUAGAACUUGUAAGAAGUUUUGUCCUGGAAAAGAAAUAGAAAAACUUUUAAGUGUUGCUCUCCUUGUUCUGUUCAACUGUUUCUGCUUAUUUCACGUAUGUUAAAGCUUUGGCCAACUUCUGGAGUCUUUGGAAUUUGUGUGAAUCAUUGUAUCGU